ACCGGCUUGCACGUCAGAACCGAACUUGCUACAAUGUCAGUGAAGGAGCCGGCGCCGCUGUCGGCGCUCGUGACGGAGGGCGCGUGGAACGUGUACUGCGUCUCGCCCAUGUACAAGUUCUCGCACGACGCGGCGACGCUGUCGGCCGACGCCAUGGAGCUCGUGGCGUACCUACGCUGCAACCUGGCGGGCGAGCUCAAGGCCAACCAGACGGUCACCGCCAGCGUGCGCUCGCAGGGCGACGUCGCGCUCUUCGCGAUCACCGAGACGCUCGUAAGCGGACCGCGGCGGCUCGGUGGCUUUAUCUAUUACACGCCCGACGUGCCGGGCACGAAGAAGCGCACAGAUGUGCUCCUCUUGCAGGGUAACGAAGACCUCCUCGCGCUCAUCUGCGCCUGGCUGCAGCAUCAGUACCAGUGCGUCGUCGCACUUCACGCCGUCAGCGUCAACUCGGUCUCGAUGGAAGCGUUUGCGUACAACUUGUACCACAUUAUGCUUGAGGCCAAUGACAACGUCGAACAUGCGCCGCUGCGACUCACGCUGCAUUGCGAGAGCGUGGGCAAGUCGGUGCAGAGUGUUACGAUCUCGGUGCCGUGGCGCGACCUGUGCGCUAGCCACCGCGCGCUCACGCACAGCCACAGCAGCGCGAGUGAAAACACGACGCGACGAACGACAGUUGUCGGGACCGGCUCCGAGUCGGAUCGCUUUAUUCGCGGCUUCAUCGCCAAGUAUGUGGCGCAGCUGCCCGUCGAGAUGUCGUCGUACCGGCUCUUCUCGGUCUCGUCCGAGGAUUGCAUUCUCGAAAACAUGGGUCGGCUUCAGUUUUACACGGCCGAGUCGGUGCCCGCUGUGCUCGAUGCGAUGCUUCAGCUCUUUGUUGCCCAAAGCGUCUUGUGCCCCGAAGCCCCGGAAACGACGUUCUGAGCCAUUAAGCUGUCCUUUGAAAUGCAAGGAACAGCGUGCAACUGAAAAUAAAGCAACUUGGUGAACUCUUCA